CGAUGUGAUGUAUGUUGUGUGAGCAGCAUAUAGAAAUUCAAUUCGACCAGAACGGCAGAGGAAGUGAUCCGAUGUUGUUGCUCGUGCUGCUGGUAUAAUACUUUUUCGGGCCUUCGCAGGAAUCGUUCGACUUCCAGUAGUGUGUUGUAAAUUUUCGAAAAGGAAGAAGUGUUUAUGGAAAAGAAUAAAAUUAUUAAGGGCUAUGAAUGAGCUAAAUCCAGUGUUUACUACGUGCUCGGUGUGCUUCGUGGAUUAUUGUUGUCGUGGAGUUAUUGUUGUUGUAAACAGUGAAUCGGUGAAUCGGGUAUAAUCGACAGCUGGCCAAAGAUGGGUUUGGCAUCGUCCAAGGCGGCCAACAGUAUUGCCGCCAGCAGUAACGGUGGCGUCGGCGGUGGUUCCAAGCAUGACAGCGUGCUUGUCGAGACGCAGCACCACCAUCCGGAUAUUCAGCAGCCAUGCUCGCUGCUACCGUCGCCCUCGAGCGUUAUCGACAGUUGGAAACCGUCGAGCUGUCACAUACGGCAAGCCAGCAUCCGGUCGCGCAAUUUACAGCCCAUGCCGGACAUUGGCGAGCUGGAUCGACGGUUCGCGAAAGUACUGGCUUCCAUGGAUCUCCCACCGGACAAGGCAAAGCUGCUGAAGAAUUAUGACAACGACAAGAAAUGGGACAUUAUUUGCGAUCAGGAAAUGGUCCACGCGAAGGAUCCCCCGGCGCAUUAUCUCACCAAGCUACGAACCUAUCUGGAUCCGAAAGCUUCGCGAAGUCAUCGGAAACGAAAAAUGGUCGGCGAGUCCACAUCCACACAGGUCCUUCGGGAUCUGGAAAUAUCACUCCGCACCAACCACAUCGAAUGGGUAAAGGAAUUCCUGGACGACGAAAACCAAGGCCUGGACGCAUUGAUCGACUACCUGAGCUUUCGGUUAGCGAUGAUGCGUCACGAGCAGCGGAUACAGGAAGCCAAGUCCGAAUCGGACGAAGGCCUUAACCCCAAGGAUACGACAAUCACGUCGUACGGUAGCAACGAAACCAACCACAAACUUGGCGGCACCAAUGGGUUCAUGCGACCCGGACUGGGGGACAUGAUGGACAGUCCCAGUAUAAAGCGAAGAUCGAGGCAUAUCGCGAAGCUCAAUAUGGGCCUGACGACGGAUGACAUCCAUGUGUGUAUAAUGUGCAUGAGGGCGAUCAUGAACAACAAGUACGGCUUCAAUAUGGUGAUACAGCACCGGGAAGCGAUCAAUUGUAUAGCGUUAAGUCUGAUACACAAGUCACUGCGGACGAAGGCAUUGGUCCUGGAACUGCUGGCAGCGAUAUGCUUGGUGAAAGGUGGUCACGAAAUCAUCCUAUCGGCAUUCGAUAACUUUAAGAAGGUUUGCUCCGAACAGCGUCGCUUCCAGACGCUGAUGGAGUACUUUAUGAACUACGAACUAUUUAAUAUAGAUUUUAUGGUUGCAUGUAUGCAAUUUGUAAAUAUCGUUGUACAUUCCGUGGAGGACAUGAACUACAGGGUGCAUCUGCAGUACGAAUUUACUGCGCUAGGCUUAGACGAGUAUCUGGACAAGCUAAGGUUAACGGAAUCAGAGGAGCUACACGUUCAAAUUUCGGCCUAUCUGGACAAUGUGUUCGAUGUGGCUGCUCUGAUGGAGGAUAGCGAAACGAAGACUGCCGCCCUUGAGAGGGUAAACGAACUGGAAGACGAACUAGGUCGUGCCUUGGAUCAGGCUAGUGAAAUCGAACGGGAAGCACUGUUCAAAAUUGGGGAACUUGAAUCGGAACUAAGUCAAACGCGAGCCGAACGAGACGACUUCUGCAACCAGCUACGGGUUGUUGAGGAGGAAAUUACGAAACUGAAACGAGCGCUCAAACAACACGAACAAGAAUCCAAAAGUCGUCAAUCUAUGCUACUGGAGCUGGAGAACCUCACCAAAACCUUACCGAAGGGAACAUCGAUAGCGGACGUAUCGAGUAUGCUUGCAAAUGGCGGAAAACUCUCCGAGCUCAGUCCUACGAGCAACGGCGGAGGAGACAAAUCCGCCCCACCAAUACCACCACCUCCGGCACCUCCAGCACCAUCGGUGGCACCCACGCCACCACCUCCACCCUGUCCACCUGCACCACCUGCCCUUCCAAAUCUGAAUGGUACCGCACCGCGGGCACCUCCGAAACCACCUUCAUUCAUUCCACCUCCACCGGCUGGUCCCGGUGGGUUCAUGAACAUGGGCGGUGUCAUGCACUGCACCGACGGUAACAUGACCCUCAAACGUAAAGUACAAACGAAAUACAAACUGCCAACGCUCAACUGGGUUGCCCUGAAGCCGAACCAGGUCCGGGGAACCAUCUUCAACGAGCUGGACGACGAGAAGCUGCACCGGCAGAUCGAUUUCAUCGACUUCGAGGAACGGUUCAAGAUCGGCAUGGGUGGACCGCUGACGAACGGCAACUGCGACAUGGACGGGCUGUCGACAUUCCCCAGCAAGCGGUUCAAGAAACCGGAGCACAUUUCGCUGCUCGAGCAUACGAGGUUAAGAAAUAUUGCGAUCUCUCGCCGCAAGCUGGAAAUGCCCGUCGACAUGGUCAUUAAGGCGAUCAACAACCUGGAUCUCAAGCAGCUCUCGUUGGAAAACGUCGAGCUGCUGCAGAAGAUGGUCCCCACGGAUCAGGAGCAGAAGAUGUACAAGGAAUAUGUGAUAGAGAAGAAGGAUCUGAAUCUGCUGAGCGAAGAAGACAAGUUCAUGCUCCAGCUAACCAAGGUGGAGCGAAUAUCCUCCAAGCUGUCGAUCAUGAACUACAUUGGCAACUUCUUCGACAGUUUGCAUUUGAUCAAUCCGCAAAUUUACGCCAUCAUUUCCGCGUCGUCGUCGAUCAAAUCGUCGAAAAAGUUCCGCUCGGUGCUCGAGGUCAUCCUCGCUUUCGGCAACUAUCUGAACAGCAGCAAGCGGGGUCCGGCGUACGGUUUCAAGCUGCAAAGCUUGGAUACCCUGCUGGACACCAAAUCCAACGACAAACGGAUGAGCUUGAUGCACUACAUUGUGACCACGGUGCGGCAAAAAUUCCCCGAACUGAUGAACUUCGAUUCGGAACUGUUCUGCAUCGACAAAGCUGCGCAGGUCUCGCUGGAGAUUCUCAUUUCCGAUGUGAACGAACUGGAGAAGGGUAUGGAAGCCGUCCGGAAGGAGGCUGAACUGCGAGGGAAGGGCACGCACAACCACGUGCUGCGGGAUUUCCUCAACAAUUCCGAGGAGAAACUGAAGAAGAUUCGAACGGAUUGCAAAACUGCGCAGGACUCGUUCAAGGAAUGCAUCGAAUACUUCGGUGAAUCGUCCAGGAAUGCAGAUGCCAAUGCAUUCUUCUCGCUACUAGUCCGAUUUGUGAGAGCUUUCAAGGCAUGUGAUCAGGAGAACGAGCAGCGCCGGCGGCUCGAGCUGGCUGCCCUCCAGGCUGCGAACAAGAAGGACGACAACGAAAGGGUCGUGCUGCGGAACAACAAGAUCAACAGCCAGAAGAAGCAACAGGAGGCAGUCAUCAACGAACUCAAAACCAAAACCAACUCGGUUCGGGAGAAGAAACUGCUCCAACAGGACGAGGUCUACAACGGUGCCCUGGAGGACAUACUGCUGGGGUUGAAGAACGAACCGUACCGCAGGGCGGAUGCCGUUCGGCGAAGUCAACGGCGGCGGAUCGAUAGCAAUAGGCUUUCCCGAACCAUGGAAGAGAUGGAAUUUUGAGAUCGUAAUAGAUCGUAGGGUAGAAGA